ACCAGGAAAACACCGAGGCAUAUGCUGAAAGGAAAAGGUCUGACUCUCAGAGUUCUCCAAGGAGGAGGUGACAGAUUAAGGGGAAGCACAGAAGGCAGCAGUUGAACUUGGGCUCAGCUCCGAACUUGGGCUCAGCUCUGAACUUGCGCAUCAAGACCGAGUGGCUAAGAGGGUUUAGCAGUGGCCACCAUGGGCUCUGUGAAUUCCAGAGGCCACAAGGCGGAAGCCCAGGUGGCGAUGAUGGGCCUCGACUCGGCAGGCAAGACCACGCUCCUGUACAAACUGAAGGGCCACCAGCUGGUGGAGACGCUGCCCACCAUUGGUUUCAACGUGGAGCCUCUUGAAGCUCCUGGACACAUGUCACUGACCCUCUGGGAUGUCGGGGGGCAGACCCAGCUCAGGGCCAGCUGGAAGGACUAUCUGGAGGGCACAGACAUCCUCGUGUAUGUGCUGGACAGCACAGAUGAAACCCGCCUGCCUGAGGCUGUGGCUGAGCUCAGGGAAAUCUUGAAUGACCCCAACAUGGCCAGAGUCCCUUUCCUGGUGCUGGCCAACAAGCAGGAGGCACCCGAUGCUCUUCCCCUGCUGGAGAUCAAAAACAGGCUGGGCCUGGAGCGAUUCCCGGACCACUGCUGGGAGCUCCAGGCCUGCAGCGCCCUCACUGGCCAGGGACUGCCCGAGGCCCUGCAGAGCCUGCGGAGCCUCCUGAGAUCCCGCCGCUGCCCGUGUCUCCAGGUGAGAGCUGGUGGGGCCGGGAGUGGGGAGAACAAGACCUCUUGACCCUUGGGUCUAUCUCUGCCCAUCCGAACUGCAAGAGCCAGCUAAAGCUUGAGAAGCUUCAGCUCAGUUUAUCAAACCAGAAGGCCCCCUGUUCUUGCACAGGAUAUUUUCUCUCGGGACUUAUUCUCAGUGGUGUUUAUGUUGAAAAUCAACUAUUUUUGAAUAAUGAUACUCUAAGAAAAAGAAAAACCCUCAACACACUUCAUUUAAUAGCUCGUUGCCAAGUGUGAAUGGAGCAAUUGUAAUAACAGAGCAGGAAGUGGUUACAUAAUAACUGAGACCUAACUUCACACAGGGAAAGAGGUUUCAAAACCAAAGAAGAAUAUCAUCUGGACAUGGUCACGGUAUAUCUUUAUGAGGAGCUUAUAUUUGGCACGUGUUCUCACAUUACACAGCUCUAAAUGUUGGAUAUUCCUUCCUAUCCUGGAUUAAAAUCAGUCUCCUGAUAGCUCCUGAUGGCAGUCCUGCCCUGUCUGCAGCAACACAACAUAAAUUGGUCUUCGAUACUCUUCUAACACCUGAGAUCUGCCAGGUCUCUCUACCCAAAGCCUUCCCUUCAACUGCCCGGUUCGGUGUUUCCUAGUUCUUUCUUGUGUUUCAAGGCUUCCUGUGGUAGACACUGAGGUCACAAAGAUGAGAGAGAGACAAGGCCUCAGGGCCUGUGGAACUCUGGCUGAGGAAGCAAAGUACCAGGACUGGGCUCUGUGCUUGGUGUUUUACCUAGAUGAUCUCUAAUUCUCACAAUUUUGCAAAAAAAUAGAAUUAGAAACUGAGGCUUGGAGAGAUUGUGAUGUCUUGUUGCUUGAAGCAUAGAGCUAUUAAGUGACAUGUCUGGAAUUUGAAACCAGAUGUGUCUACCCCUAAUGACAUCAUGCUUCUGGAAGGUUUAAGCUGGGGUAGACCCUCAGUCAGCAGGUGUGAUGGGAGAGUACUCUAGUCAGAGGGAAGAGGAGAGAGGGUGUAGAACGAUAAGUUAGCUGGUGUGUCUUGAACAGGGGGCUGGGGUGAGGGUUGGCUGAAGGUGACAUUAUAAAAGGAAACAAAACUGGAGAGGAAACUUAGGUCCAAGUUGGGGAAAGCUGUUUGGACUUUAAUAAUUAGGAGUUCAGCUCAGGAAAGGGAAAUCAUGGAACUUACCAUUUAAGAGGAUGACUUGGUGGCAGUGUGGAGGUGAAAUAAAGAGAAGGGGGGACCCUGGAGAUGGGAGACCAGCUAGAUGACCAUCGCAGAACAGAGGAGAAGGAAGGGAAGGGAGAGGAAACACGAGAGUUAUUUUUAAGAGAAAAACUUGAGAGAGGAAGAAUUUGAAGAUGGCUCAAGAUUUUGAGUCUGCAUGACAGGAGGGACUGGAAUGUCAUGAACUUGAGAAGGUGAGCACAGGAGGAACAGGCUGGGACAGGAACCGGGACCACUGGGUUCUGCUUUGGAAGAGCUGGGUAUAGACUUGAUUGUAGCUUCUUUCAGACUGGGCCAUUAUCUGCAGUCCUUGAGAUGCCUAGUACCCUACUGGAGGCGUCUGCUUGUUGCCACUUGUGGAAGCUCAUUUCCUCCUCUGAUUUGUCACUUGUUAUUGGGAGCUCAUCCUCAGUGGGAUCUGUUUUUCUGGUGACUCCCAUAUGCCCUGGACUGUGACAGUGUUUUUACAGAGUAGUUUUGCAUUUGCACCGACCAGGAUCCCGGAGAUCUCAGUUAUUUUCGACCAAAUAUUACGCUUGGGGCUCUCUGGGCCUCACAAAUAGUAUAAAUCUUGACUCUGCACCCAUUCAAUGCACAGGCCGUAAAUAAUCCAUUUCUGACAGGUGAUUUUUUUUCUUUGCAUCCAUGUCCCAGGAUAGACAACUCGCUUGCUCAUACUUCCCUGAGCUUGUGGGCAGCAUUUUCUAACUCCCUUUUGAGGAUGGGGCAUCUCCUUGAUGCUCUUCCUUUUCUACUGAGCUCAGAUCAACAUUUUCUCUCUUCCAAGCAAGACUAAGCUGCAUGUGCUGUUCCCACACAGGUGAUACAGCCUCAGCACAGUCCCUAGAGCCUAAGUUUGGCUCCACUAAAAUCUCCACAGUCUCCAGACUUCCAGCUUGUGCCUACUGCUUUGGCUGUGGUUUCUCUUCAUUUCUGCCACUAGAUGAUUUCCUUUCCUUUGUUCAAAGACAGCAUACAUUGAAAAAAAUUUCUUUUGUUAUAGUUUACCCAAUAUUUCUAUGACUCCCUAAUGGGAAAGCCAUCUAUCAUGUUGCUAGAUGUUCCCAACUUGUUUUGAUAUGUGGCCAGGUGCCUUCCUGAGGUGCUGGCAGGAGGAUGGUAUGGUUAGAUCUGUACUGAGGAAGAUAACCUGGGUGUUUGGGUGGAGGGAGGAUCCCGAAGGCAGGCAGACAGGUUAGAGGAAGACCAUGGUGUCUUUUGAGCCAAGCACACACUAUUGGCACCACUGGUCUGCAUGGACUUUCUAUCCCUGCAGCUGCCCAUCAUGCUGUUGGUAUUUUUUUCCCUGUUCUCUUGACAAUCCUCUGCUUCAGCCAGGCCAGUCUCCUCUCUGACACCAGAAUGUACCAUGCUCUUUCCCAGCUGCCAGUGUGUGCUCCUUGCUGGACUAACGAGUGGACAAGAGGGCCGGCAGGUGGCUCUGAGUGUUUGCCUAAAGCCCGCAGUCUUUGAAGCUGGAAGUGCUUGGUCUUAACAGACCCCAGGAAGUCUCCUUUCAUCAUCCCCUUGGGUGAGAUUCUGGAAAAAGAACAAAAGCAAAAUACUGUAAUUACCAUGCCCAGUUAGUGUUAACCAUAAUUCCCUGUUGGUCCGUCUCCUGCUUGGAAGGACUGAAUUGAAAUCACUCACAUAGAAUUACCCAGCAGGUGAGUUCUAGGAUGUUAACUGCACAAUUCUCUGGGUGGGAGGUGGGUUUGAGAGCCUCGGUCAUUCCACUCACUGGCUUCUGGAACGUUUGCCUGCAGCAAGCAUGGGAACCAUACAGGUUAUGGGCCCUGUGCACCCUUCUGGGAUUUCUGAUGUCCCUGCACAUGUGUUCUGGCCCGUUAAGUUUCCAUGUCAGGCAAGCAGUCAUUGCAGUUACAGUAGUGACCACAGUGGUGGCAGCAGUCCUGCGGAGUCACACAUCUUUAGGGAAGCUUCCUAACACUGCUGCUCUUCCUUAGGCUUAAGUUGUUUUUCUUUCUGCCCAUGCUCUUGAAUCCUGCCCGUGAUUUAAGGACUCUGAGAUCCCAUCUCCCCAGGAAGACUCCAGCCACAUCCAUCCUCCUGAACUCCCAUGGUGCUGACUGUCCAGGCCCCACUUCUUACUGCUUUAACUGGGGCUGCUCCACAUGUUGAAGUGUGUUCUCUCUGGGUAUGGUGGAAAUUCCCAGAGAUGAGGGGUCAAGCCUUCCAACCUUCUACCCUCUUCAAAGCCUGGAACAAUAUUAGAUACUAAGAGUUGCUCAUUAAGUACUUGGGUGAAGAAUGAAUAACUAAUUACAGUGAAGGAACUGGGUGUCACAGGGGGGUGUCCCCAGGUCCUCUGAACUAUCCAGAAUAAAAUCCAAAAAUGAAAACACCAAGAGGUCCAUUGGCUUGAGAGCCAAAAUGCCGGCACAAACCUACACCUCAGGCAUCCUUUGUAGUAAACACAACUGAAAGUCACACGUACUCUUUCUACGUCACACUCUGAACAACCUGACUUUUAGUGUGCAUAGGAGAUGGGGUGGUAAGUGGGGACCUGUGACCAGACCGGAGGUCGGGCAGGAGUGACGAGACUGUUCAGUAGGUGCCUCUGCCUCAGCGCCUGGGUCAGGAGGUGGAGGUGCUGACCUUCGCUGCCGCCUCGUGGGCCCGUGAGAGCAAACACGACUUAAAAAUAAGACUUAAUUCUUCCUGUUGAAAAUGAGGGAAGGGGCUUCACGCUCCUCCCUUUUCUUAGAGCAUUUACUUUAGGAAAUGUAUAUUUUUAGUUCAUUUCUCUGUCUCUUUGAGAUGUACAUAAAUCUUUUUGAUAGCUAAAUAAGCCUCUGGGCAGCUUUAGGACUCAGGAACGUUUUUCUCAAGGACCCAGGAGCCACCCCUUUGAAAUGUCAUCAUGAAGGGAGCGGGCGCCUCAUCUCCCAGUUCGGUGGGAGGAAAGGAGCCUAAACUGGCCAGUGCCUCGCUUUAAGUUGCAAAACUAUCUCCUGUCCUAAAGAUAUGGGAAGCUUGUUUUUCCUUCGAAUGAAACCAAUUAGCUAACACAGAUGGUGACCCCAAUUACCAGGUGAAUCCAGGGUGAACUUGGUGUGACAAAUGGUUCUGUCAAGUCCUCUUCCUUGAGAACGUGUCUGGAAUAGGUUGCAUCUACUGGGCUAUAUUAAGGUUUCUCUCCGUCUUUGCAAUCACUUAGGAGAUUGCCUAUGACGAGCAUCACAUUCUGGUUGAAUGCUUUUGC